AUGUGGCGUCUCCUCGCCCUGGCGCUGCUGCCCACGACGUCGUCCUUUCCGUCGUCCGUGGGCUGCGGCGAGGCGCUGGAGGUGGGCCAGUUCUGGAUGAGUUCCUAUUCCGUCGCGUCGUCGCUGGCCAUCGAGGUCACGGACGCGUCCGGCGGCGCCGUCGCCUGCGGCGGGACCGUCGCCGAGGGCGAGGCGCUGCGCGUCGCCGUCGGCGGCGUCGGCUCGGCGUCGUUCAACAUCGGCAUCGCGGGCGCGACGUUCGAGAGCGGGAGCUGUGGGAACGCGCGGUCCUACGAUUCGGAGGCCGACCUCGUCGCGCCGGCCGCGGGCGCGUCCGUGACGCUCGUCGCGGGCCACGCCAGUGGCUACGGCACGGUCUACAUCACCGAGAGCUGCGUCCUCACGUCCAGCGCCGCCGCGGCGCCGUCGCCCGCGCCGUCGCCCGCGCCUGCGCCCGCGCCGACGGCCGCGCCCGCGCCCGCGCUGACGCCGCGGCCGACGCCCGCGCCGUCCGCGGCGCCGGGCAACCCGACGGCGGCGCCGCUGGCGCCGACGCCCGCGCCGACGGCGUCGCCGACGUCGCCCGCGCCGAGCCCUCCCGCGCCGACCGGGGUCGCGGCGACGCUCGCGGCGUCGAUGACCCUCGACGGCGUCGACGUCGACGAGUUCGGCGACGACGAGGCCGCGGCCUUCGAGGCGAGCGUCGCGGACGCGCUCGGCCUGCCCGCGGACGAC